AAUUUUUUAAGUCAAUGUGACAUUUCUAAUUGAAAUAUAAGCAGUUUAUGGAUUUUAUUAAAAUUAUUUUAUUUAUUUCGUUAUUAAAUGGCUGCUAAAUUAUUACAUCGUUGGCGUAGUUCGACUGUGACUUUCUGGUUGCAAACAUGUCACUAUAGUAAAGGGGCAAAACCUAAACCUGCGGAAAAAAAAGCUGUUGAUCCUGCGGACAGACCCCCGGAUCGUCGCAUUUUCAAAGUGUACCGUUUUGCCGGGAUCACUUCAGGCCAGAAACCUAAGGUACAAACAUUCGAAUUCGACAUCACAAAAAUUGGUGGCAUGGUUCUCGAUGCCCUCAUUAAAAUAAAGGAAAUGGAUCCGACGGUUGCUUUCAGAAGAUCAUGCCGUGAAGGCAUUUGCGGCUCUUGCGGCAUCAACCUCCAGGGUGCAAACUGCCUGGCGUGUAUAACGGCGAUACCAAAAGAUAAAGUUGUCACUAUUAUGCCGCUACCACACAUGUACGUCCAGAAAGACUUGGUGGUCGAUAUGACACACUUUUUUCAACAAUAUAAUAGCGUCAGGCCCUAUCUUGUGCGUCACGACGCCCUGACUAUGGGCAGCACGCAGUAUGCCCAAAGUAUCAAGGACAACAGUAAGUUAAUUGGUUUGUACGAGUGCAUUCUAUGUGCUUGCUGCUCGACAUCAUGCCCCAGCUACUGGUGGAACGGCCGCAGGUUCAUUGGACCUGCUUCUUUGUUGCAUGUUUACCGGUGGGUGAUAGACUCGAGGGACGGAGAUACCGAUCGGAGGCUGUGGGACGUCAGAGAUGACUUUAAAGCGUUCAGGUGCCACACUAUAAUGGUCUGCAUUUUGGUUUGCCCGAAAGGCUUGCAUCCAGCUAGACACAUUUCAAGUUUGAAGCGGUUAAUAUCGAAAGUGGAGAAAAAACCGGAGCCAGAAAUGGAUCCUAAGGCGUUUGCCAGUGUGGGUAAUAUAAAACCUGCGUCUUCUUGUGGUCCAUCUGCUGGCGGAGGUGGGUGUAAAAGCAAGUGAAUUAUAUUGUUUUAGUUUAGCGCCUUCUUAUUUAUAUUCAAAUGAUUUUGUUGUUGUAAUAACUGUAAUUUAUACUAUAAUACUAAAAGAUAUACUUAUGGACCAACAGCUCAGAAUAAAAAAAUGUAAGUAGGUAUUUCAUACCUGUUUUUUGGAUGUUUAUAAGUAUAAUUACAUAAUUAUAAAUUUAUUUAGUUUUAUAAAUAAAGUUACUAACUAGAAUUUUAACUGAGUGCACUAGUCUAGCACUCCAGUCACACAUUAAUAGUUUACCUGAUGCUUGCCGCAAAAAAUAAAAUGAGUUCGAUGACGAACAAUUCUGGUUGUUUACCUACUGCAGCAAACUCUGUACUACUUCGUAAAAAUGUAUCAUUAAUUUAUAAUUAUAGUUCCUUUUUUUUCAUUUGAAAAAAGGUCAACAAUCUUGACGUGUCUUUUUAUUGAAAAACACUUUUGAAAAAUAAGUCACGGCAAAUAUGUAACAAUUAUGAAUCAUACACGAUUAUACAUUAUUUUGCUUUCAUAAGUAAUAGUUACUGAUUAUUAAAAAGCGUUUUUCAAUUAAAAUACACGUCAAGAUCGCGUAGUAUUUUCCUAAUGCUAAGAAAAACGAACUAUAACUGAAAUCGCUAGAGCUGUCUUCGAGGAUGUUUGUAUAAGCUUUUAUUUAACUUAAAUAAUUAUUAUCUUGUUUAAUUUUUUUUUAUUUAAAUUAGGCAUUAUAAUUUAUAAUUGAGUUUGGGACUCGUUAGAACUUUGAUGAUUACUUUCAAAACUGCAUGCAAUAAAAGCUUAUCAACAUAUUCUAAAUUAAUAACUUAUGUAUCUAUUUCUUAUUAAAAUAAAGCAUUCGUGCAGUCAAUA